CAAUGAAAUAGCGGCCGCACUCGAAUGCGAAGUCGGCUAGAAUCCGAGAUCCGAGAAAUUCCAAUCCCCCCCAAAAAAUGCCCGUCUGCGCGCGUGUCUGAUGUUGGCAUUUCGUAGUAUGACGACCUUGACUCGGAGGGACGACCUUGCGGUGUCUGAUUUGACAAUGAAUUCCAACUGAUUGCUCGCGAUUACGUGCACCACGCCCCAUUGACGGGCGGGCGUCGCUGUCACCAACUGAUCAGUGCUGUCACCAUGUCUCUUAAUGUGAGCUGUGGGUUGUCGCAAGCAUCCUCAUGCCCAGUCUUCAAAUUUGACAAUGCCCAGUAUGGUGGGCCGGACCCUGAACCUGUGCAAAAUGAGGCGUUUGUUACCUUGGCAACGGAUGACACAUAUUCGCUGGGCGCCCUGGUAUUGGCUCACUCGCUCAGGCGAGUGCACACAGCGCGGCAGGUGGUCAUUCUGGUGACGGAGGCGGUUACCUCACACAUGAGGUCUCUUCUUGGCCAAGUAUUUGACCUGAUAGAAGAAGUUAAGCUUCUGGAAAGCAGUGACCAUCUCAACCUGGCCCUCCUCAAUCGACCGGAGCUUGGGGUCACCUUCACAAAACUUCACUGCUGGAAGCUCACCCAGUUCACAAAAUGUGUUUUCAUGGACUCCGAUACUCUGGUUCUUCAAAACUGUGAUGAAUUGUUUCUGAGGGAAGAGAUCUCCGCAGUUCCGGACGUGGGCUGGCCAGACUGCUUCAACUCCGGAGUCUUUGUAUAUGUUCCCUCCUUAGACACGUAUACGUCGCUCAUGAAGUUCGCUAAUGAACAUGGAAGCUUUGACGGUGGAGAUCAAGGUCUACUGAACCUCUAUUUUAAAGAUUGGGCCACAAAAGACAUCAACCGUCAUCUCUCCUUCAUCUACAACAUGAACUCGAAUGUAUCCUACACAUACCUUCCAGCAUACAGGCAGUUUGGGAAGGACGUGAAGAUAGUGCACUUCCUGGGUCCAGUGAAGCCGUGGCAUCACAACUUCAAUCUGGUCAGCGGCCAGGUGGAAAGUCGACAGGACAGCCAGCACAUGCACAAUCACCUCCAGUUCUGGUGGGAGCUCUUCAUGACAAACGUCCAGCCGAACCUAUUUCCGGAAUGCGCUGGCCUGGCAGGGGAGAUGUCACGGCUGACCAUAAAGACGGCGGAGGAACUUCGACAGACCCCGGGAGAAGCUGUCUACGGCGGCUCCGAAGCGCGGCAGUACGCGUGGGAGCGGGGACAGAUCGACUACAUGGGGGCGGACGCCUUCGAGCACAUCCAGAAGAAGCUGGACAAGGCCAUCUCCCCUCCCGCCGAACCCUCCCUGCCCGGUGCUCGUGUGGAACCCAAGAAGUAACGGGAGAGGGGACGUUCAUAGGAUUAAAUGAAAGGGGCAGUGCAUGGAACCAACUGUUGACACUUUGAAUUUCCCUAAUACUAGACCUUUUCUUUCAUUUUUUUUUCUUUCAAAUAUUCUAAAUCUGCCCGCUUCUUUUUAGCUUAUCUACAUAAGGUGCCAUAGAAAAAAGAAUGUAUCGUGGGGUUAAAGACCUUUUUUACGACAUAGCUUUGUUCCGGGUGCAGAGACUUGUUCUGAGUAUGGAGCAUUAUGAUGUUUACUUAUUUUUGUGUAUAGAAAAGGAUGAAAUGAAUGAGAAAUUAAGUCCU